AUGGCUACUGAAAAUACUGAUUUCAAACAGUUCGAAGAUGAACAAAAUAAUGACGGUUAUAAAGUUGGCGAAAAGAAGACCGUUGAUGAAUACAAAAAACUAGAUGCAGAAGAUGCAGCUUUGGCUAAAUGGAAGGAAUCCCUAGGUCUAGGAUCCGAUGUGUUGCCAUUAGAGUUUCCUGGGGAUAAACGUAAAGUUGUUAUCCAAAAGAUCCAAUUACUUGUUAAUACAGAAUCAAAACCAAUAUCAUUUGAUUUGACAAACGAGCAAACAAUUAAAGAAUUGGCCUCUAAACGUUACAAGAUCAAAGAAAAUUCUAUAUAUAAAUUAAGAAUCACAUUUAAAGUACAGCACGAGAUCAUCACUGGUCUUAGAUAUGUUCAAUACAUUAAGAAAGCAGGUAUUGCUGUAGACAAAAUCGACGACCACUUGGGGUCUUAUGCUCCAAGUACAAAGACUAAACCAUACUAUGAAGUGGAACUUCCUGAAAGUGAAGCUCCAAGUGGGUUAUUAGCUAGAGGUAAAUAUAGUGCUGUCUCAAAGUUUAUCGAUGACGACAAGACCACACACUUGACCUUGAACUGGGGUGUUGAGAUUGUUAAGAAAUAG